GUUCUAUUCUUUUACUCCGGCUUACACUAUGUUUCCAUCACUGUCUCUCUCUCUUUCCCUCUCCCCCUACGCCCUAGCCCUCUCCUCUGUGUGUUAAUUGUUGGUGAUUUCUUAGAAAAUAGAAUCGGUUCCAGUAACCGAUCAUGAUAAGGGUGAAGUAGAGUGCAUAAUUCUAUUUUUGGUAAUUGAAUGAUUAGGGUAGUGUUCAGUUGCAGUUUUUAUGACAUAUAAUUGAUCACAAGAUAUUUCCUCAAUGGGGGGAGCUUGUUCUAGGAAGAGAGAUCAAUUGGACAAUGAAGAUAAUUUUCAUAGUCGGAGUGCUAGAAGAUAUAGCAAAAGUGCAAGCUCAAAGUGGUCGGCAACUUCAUUUUCUAGACCUGCUUGUGAGCAGCGGGGGAAUCAAAGAUGUCCAUCCCUCAUGGAAUUGUGCAUCCAAAACAUUUGUGAGGACAUAGAUAAUUACAGUACAUUUUCAAUGCUUCCAAGGGACAUCAGUCAGCAGAUUUUCAAUGAAUUAGUGUAUUCUCAACGUUUGACUGAUAUUUCUCUUAAAUCCUUUCGAGAUUGUGCUCUCCAGGAUCUUCACUUGGGAGAAUGCCCUGGCGUUAAUGAUGAUUGGAUGGAAGUUAUCUCUUCACAAGGGAUAUCUUUGCUUUCUGUGGAUCUUUCUGGUUCAGAUGUCACUGAUGCUGGAUUGAUUCAUCUAAAUGACUGCACAAACCUUCAAGCCUUAAAUCUUAAUUAUUGUGACCAGAUUUCAGACCUUGGACUUAAUCACAUCAGUGGCUUCUCAAACUUGACAAGUUUGAGUUUUAGAAGAAACAAUUCAAUUACAGCACAAGGCAUGAGUGCCUUUGCUAGCUUAGUUAACUUGGUGAAAUUGGACUUGGAGAGGUGUCCUGGCAUUGGCGGUGGACUUGUUCAUCUCAAAGGGUUGACAAAGUUGGAGUCUCUUAGUAUCAAAUGGUGUAACUGCAUAAAGGAUGCAGAUAUGAAGCAUCUUUCAGGGUUGACAAACUUGAAAGGAUUACAAAUUUCAUGCAGCAAGGUUACAGAUGUGGGUAUUUCUUAUUUGAAAGGUCUGCAUAAGCUUAAUCUAUUAAACUUGGAAGGGUGUCCAGUCACGGCUGCAUGCUUGGAGACUAUCUCUGCUCUUACUUCUUUGUUGUAUUUGAAUCUUAACCGAUGCCAUAUUUCUGAUGAUGGAUGCGAGGGGUUUUCGAAGCUCGGAAAACUAAAGGUGCUAAACUUGGGCUUCAAUGAAAUCACGGAUGCAUGCUUGGUGCACCUGAAAGGUUUGACAAAUUUGGAGAGCGUGAACUUGGAUUCUUGCAGAAUUGAUGAUGAGGGUCUGGCUAACAUAACAGGCCUUCAUCGUUUGAAAUGCUUAGUGUUGUCAGAUACUGAAGUUGGAAGCAGUGGGCUUCGCCACCUAUCUGGUUUGACCAAUUUGGAGAGUAUAAAUCUGUCAUUCACUAUGAUUACAGAUGGUGGUAUAAGAAAAUUGUCUGGAUUGUCUUCUCUUAAAUCGCUUAAUCUUGAUGCCCGCCAAAUUACUGAUAGUGGACUUGCAGCCCUAUCAAGUUUGACAGGAUUGACCCAUCUGGACCUUUUUGGAGCUCGUAUUACAGAUUCUGGAACAAACUAUUUGCGAAAUUUCAAAAAUCUGCAGUCUUUGGAAAUAUGUGGUGGUGGAUUAACUGAUGCUGGCAUAAGGAACAUCAAAGAUCUUUCAUCCCUGCUUCUGCUAAAUUUGUCACAGAACUGCAAUCUAACAGAUAAAUCAUUGGAAUUGAUUUCUGGGUUGACAGGAUUGGUCUCGUUGAACGUCUCAAAUUCCCGUGUGACCAGUGCAGGGUUGCAGCAUUUGAAGCUACUGAAAAAUUUAAGAUCAUUGACCUUGGAGUCAUGCAAGGUGACAGCUAAUGACAUUAAGAAGCUUCAGUCAACUUACCUCUCUCAACUGGUGAGCUACCGGCCUGAGUAGUAGUUGAGGUGGGGGCAGGGGGGAGGAGAAGGAUAUGGAACAUGCUGCAAAUAGGUUGUGUUUGAAGGAAUGAAGGUGCUGGUGUUUUAAAUGAAGAUAAAUGAAACGUAGGAUUGUACAUAUGGAUAGAUAAAAAGGAGCUUGCACCUUGUGUGAAGCUUUCUUUCAUAUUGUUUGGUAUGAAAGAAAUUGUAGAUAAGCUUCCUUGGCAGGCCUUUUGAGCGAUGGUAAAAUAAGGAUUUUAAAAAAGAUAGAGAUUUAUGUGUAUGUACUUGGAUGAAUGUUUGCUUUGCACUGCCUAAUAAAUAUAUAUGCGCAGGCUUUUGAAUUUGCUUGUGCUUAUUUCUGCCAUA